AUGGCGUCGUCGUAUUGGAAAAGUUCGCAAUUUGACCAAUGGUUAUUCGAUCGUCAAGAAUUGUUAUCUGUUCGUUUACGCGACAUCGCAUCGUGGCCAAUAAAUCCAAAUUCUUCUCCAAUCACGGAAGAUGAUUAUUUGAAAAUCUUAAUUUUCUAUUCGAAUAUCAUUCAAAACAUCGGAGAACAAUAUAAAGUUCGUCAACAGGUCAUUGCAACAGGAAUUGUUUAUUUAAAACGAUUUUACGCUCGAUAUGCAUUGAAGAGUAUUGAUCCUUGGCUUCUUUGUCCAACUUGUUUAUUUCUUGCAGCGAAAGUCGAAGAAUUUUCAACAUUAAGUCAUCCAAGAGUUUGUAAUGCCGCUGCAACAACUUACAAAAAAUACGCUCAUCUACUUGGUGGUCCAAAUGAAUAUCCUUAUCAAAUCAAACAUAUUCUCGAAUGUGAAUUCUAUUUACUUGAAAUAAUGGAUUGUUGUUUAAUUGUUUAUCAUCCCUAUCGUUCCUUGGACAUGUACACACGAGAAUUUCAAGUCGAUCAACAAUUAUUCGAAGCUGCAUGGCGUAUCAUCAAUGAUUCAUUAAAAACCGAUGCACCAUUAUUAUAUCCUCCAUAUGAAAUCGCUUUAGCUUGUUUGUUACUUGCCGCGACAUAUCGCGAUAAAAUGCCUCUGUUAAAACAAUAUAUGAUCGAUGCUCAAAUCGAUGUGGAAAGAGUUUAUGAAGUUGUNAAGUACAAAAUUUAUCUGGACUUGAAAUGUUAG